AAACCCUCUCCCUCUCCCUCUCCCUCUCCAGUCUUUUAAACCCCUCGCCUACCGUGUUCGCCGCCGCCGCCGCCGCCGCCGCCGCCGCCGCAACCUUGGUUUCCUCCUGCCCCACCGCCGCCGCAGGCCGCGUUGUCUCGCGGCGGCACCGGCGACGCGCGCCCGACCUCCUCGAUCGCGUCGCUCAGUCCCCUCGCCCGCCGCGGUUAAGGUUACAUGUGGUUGGAGCUUGUGUUUACUAGUCUAAUGAAGGUUUGGUUACCUUCAUGAAUAACUUUUGUGGAAGGAGUUUGUAUGCAAAUUUGUUGUUCUAUCGUUCUACGGCACUGAUGAUUUUGGAGAUGUUGGUCAUCACUCUGGAGAAAGUGUUCCCUUCAGCAAUGGCAGGGCAAGCCGGGAACCCAGAAUACCAUCCUAUAAGUCCCCAUGUGAUAAGUGGUGCAUUUGUUCAGCAAUAUUACCGCAUUCUACACGAGCAACCAGACCAAGUGCACAAGUUUUAUCAAGAUUCAAGUAUUCUUGGUCGACCAGAGUCCGAUGGAACCAUGGUGUCUGUAACCACUCUGGGUGACAUCAACAAAAGAAUUAUGUCUAUGGACUUUAGGAAGUGCUUAACCGAGAUAGAGACUGCAGACGCACAGUUAUCUCACAAGGAUGCGGUGUUCAUUGUUGUUACUGGAUCUUUGACUUCAGAUGAAGGUGUUUGUCGUAGGUUUACCCAGUCAUUCUUCCUAGCUCCACAAGAAAGUGGUGGCUAUUUUGUUCUCAAUGAUGUGUUUAGGUUUAUAUCAGAAAGGCAACCAGCUCAGAUAAAUCAAGUGGUUACUCAAGAAAAUGAAAGCAAUCUGAAUGUUAGAUCUGCGUCCCAAACAUGUUCAGCAUUAACAGAACCUACUCCAGCUGACAAGAGUCUGAUCUCAGACCAUGUGAGAGUUGAGAAUAAUGUCACAGAGAGGCAAGUUAUCAACCCCUCUAUUAAUGGCACUGCCGUUGAAGAAGGUGUUAAUGUCGAGCCACCUGUGCAAGUGGCCAAAGAGGAUCCCAAAAAGGCCCCAGUUGUUGCUCCUACCCCUCCUAUUCCAACUCAAACGGAUGUUACUAAGAAAUCUUAUGCAUCCAUUGUGAAGGUGAUGAAGGAGGGUCCACUAACUCCACUAGUUGCCAAAACAACUCCAUCAGUUGCCAAACAUAAGCCAGCGCCUAAACCUGUCACCAAGGCUGUUGAAGGUUCAGAAAAAUCUUCUGCAAAACCUACCCAGGCUAAUGAAACCACUCCAAGUGAUGUGACUGUUGCCGAAAACGACUCUUCACGGAAUGAGCGAGGCUAUUCAGUUUUUCUCAAGAAUUUGCCUUUCUAUUCCAAUAUUCAAAUUGUUGAGGAGGAAUUUAAGAAAUUUGGUGCUAUCAAGUCAGGUGGCGUCCAAGUCCGGCACAAUAAGAUUGAUCGUUUCUGCUUUGGCUUUGUUGAAUUUGAGUCCCAGCAAUCUAUGCAAGAAGCAAUUAAGGCAUCUCCGGUUCAUAUGGGUGAGAGAGAUGUCUAUGUUGAGGAGAAAAGAACCCCUACACGAGUUGUGAAUGGUGCUGGCAUCCCUCGUGGCGAUAAUGGUGAAGGUGGCCAUUUCCAAUCUGGCAGGGGAUCAUACGGUGGUGACAAUUUCAGAGGACGAGAAGGUGGCUAUGUGAACAAUGUGAACUACAGAGGUGGUGAGAAUUUCAACCGCAGGAACGACGGGGAGAACUUCAACCGCAGGAAUGAUGGGGAGAACUUCUACCGCAGGAAGGACCACGAGAACUUCAACCGCAGGAACGACGGGGAGAACUUCAACCGCAGGAAGGACCAUGAAAACUUCAACCGCAGGAACGACGGGGAGAACUUCAACCGCAGGAGCGACAGCGCGAACUUCAACCGCAGGAACGACAGGGAGAACUUCAACCGCAGGAACGACGGCGCGAACUUCAACCGCAGGAAUGAUGGCGCGAACUUCAACCGCAGGAAUGAUUUCAGAAACCGGAACGAGUUCUCAGGUCGCGGACAGGGGCCACCACCUGGGAAUGGCUAUCACCACAACGGGAAUGGUUUCCAUCCACCUCGUCCCUUCCAGAAUGGGAAUGGGAAGUUACCGGUUGCUGGCUAGAGGUAUCACCAGGUGACUUCCAUCAAACUAUGAAGCUUAAGUCCACAUUCAAGCGAGUGCAAGGAUUAUUACAGUAGGAGGAUUGCUGAUUAGACAGUUCAGAGGUACCAUUUUAUUUUCGUUUGCACCGUAUUAGAUCGCUACGAGUUGAGUAGUGUCAGGAGUUCAUUGGCGGUAGGUGAAUUUUGUUGACUAGUUGCCGUUGACUUAGCGACAAUUGGUUGGUGGUGGCCCGUAAUUGUGUCAUCUGCCGAUCAGGAUUGGUAAAUUGCUCACUAAUCGUAAGAAGUGGAGUACAUACAGAGAUUUAAGUUAUAUUUA